AUGCCGGGAAAUAUUGAGUGGUCUUCAGCUGGAAUCCAGCAUUACAUGGCUGAAGCGGAUUUCUGUAGAUUUCAGUGGGACUGUUCCGUGGCAGAGUCCAUCGAUUUUGUUGGUUUGUCUGCCCGGAAAGACUACGGAAAGAGAAAGCGAGGAGAGAGAAACAAGAGUUUUUCUUCAUUCUGUCUUUGGUCUGUAAGGAAAGAGGCUGGUGGGAGGAUUUUAGUUGGAGUGCUCCUUGCAUCCAUUUUGGAUGUUGAGAAAUUGAAGGUAAUCCGGGGUGAGAUGAGGGAUGUUAUCAAGGUUGAUAAAUUAUUUGAAGGCCUGUUGGUGUCAGUCAUCGGAGCGAUACGUGCACUCUGGUUCAGACACUGCCGGCCGGCAAGAUGGGCUUCUUUGGCUAACAAUUUGCUCGAGGAUCAAAGCCAGGUUGAGUCUGGUUCCUUGAGCUUGCUUGAUUCUGGCCCAUAUGGAACCUUUGUUGGUGUAUACGAUGGUCAUGGUGGGCCUGAGACUUCCCGCUACAUCAAUAACCAUCUUUUUCAGCAUCUCAAGAGAUUCACCUCAGAGCAAGAGGCUAUGUCAGUGGAUGUGAUUCGAAAAGCAUUUCAAGCAACAGAAGAGGGAUUUCUAUCUAUUGUUACUAAACAGUGGCCAAUGAACCCCCAGAUGGCUGCUGUUGGUUCUUGUUGCCUAGUUGGUGUGAUCUGUGGAGGGACCCUUUACAUCGCCAAUCUUGGUGAUUCCCGUGCUGUUUUGGGGAGACUUGUCAAGGCAACUGGGGAGGUCCUUGCGAUACAGUUGUCAACAGAGCAUAAUGUGAGCAUAGAGUCUGUCAGACAGGAGUUGCAUUCUUUGCAUCCGGAUGACUCGCAGAUAGUAGUCUUAAAGCAUAAUGUAUGGCGUGUAAGGGGCCUGAUACAGAUUUCUAGAUCCAUUGGUGAUGUGUACCUUAAAAAACCUGAAUUCAACAGAGAGCCUUUGUAUGCAAAGUUUCGCCUUCGUGAACCAUUUACAAGGCCCAUCUUGAGCGCUGAACCAUCCAUUUCUGUGCAUGAAGUCCAGCCACAUGAUCAGUUCCUCAUAUUUGCUUCUGAUGGCCUUUGGGAGCAUCUUAGCAAUCAGGAAGCUGUUGAUAUUGUACAGAAUCACCCUCACAAUGGAAGUGCUCGGAGACUUGUCAAAGCUGCCUUGCAGGAAGCAGCAAAGAAGAGAGAGAUGAGGUACUCUGAUCUGAAGAAGAUUGAUCGUGGGGUUAGGCGCCAUUUUCAUGACGACAUCACAGUCAUAGUUGUAUUUCUAGAUUCCUGGCUUGUGAGUAGAGCCAGCUCACUGAAAGGGCCGACUUUGUCCAUUAGAGGGGGUGUUUUCUUCUUGGAACUUCUUGUGACACUGGUGGUGAUUCAAGAGAGAGGAUGGAAGGUGCGCCCUAAUUAA